AUGGCGUCCACGCCCACAGCCCUCCUGUCUCCGGACGUUAUCUCAAAUGCCGCAUCUCUCAAUGUACAUGAUAGUGAUGGAAAGGAGGUCUCCUUCGGCAGCCUCAUCAAGGACCAGAAAACGAUAGUGGUUUUCAUCCGUCACUUCUGGUGCGGCAUUUGCCAACGAUAUGUCAUGCAACUAGCCUCCGUGCGCAAGGAAGCCUUGGAAGAGGCUAAUUCCCGCCUUGUGGUCAUCGGUUGCGGUGACUGGAAGCUCAUCAAGAAUUAUUGCGGCUUAACCGAUUUCAAGGGCGGCUUGUACGCCGAUCCCUCCCGCCAGUUGUACCAUACCCUUGGGCUAGUUCAAAAUCUGAGCCGCACCCCCACCGGCCAAGAGAAACGCAGUUAUAUCGGGAAAAGCGCACUAGGAAACGCGCUGUCUAGCAUCUGGGAGGGGCCCCUGAAGAACCCGCAGUUCCUCGGAAAACAAGGCAAUAUCUCUCAGCUUGGCGGUGACUUCAUUUUCGGGCCAGGAGAAUCGUGCUCUUAUGCGUCCCGUAUGAAGCAUACUGAGGACCAUGUCGAAGUCGAAGAGCUGAUGAAGCAAGCUGGCGUUGCAUACCCUUGA